AAGAAUUAGUAAAACGGAAAGCAAACGGAUAAAACUAGAAUGCGAACCAUUUGCGACGUCUGCGACAGCGCCGCCGCGAUCAUAUUCUGCGCCGCCGACGAGGCUGCUCUCUGCCGUUCCUGCGACGAAAAGGUUCACAUGUGUAACAAGCUUGCCAACAGACAUGUCAGAGUUGGUUUAGCCGACCCCAGCAAUGUCCCACGCUGUGAUAUAUGUGAAAAUGCACCUGCUUUCUUUUACUGUGAAGUGGAUGGUAGUUCCCUUUGCCUGCAAUGUGAUAUGAUUGUACAUGUUGGAGGUAAAAGGACCCAUGGGAGGUAUCUCUUGUUGAGGCAGAGAGUUGAGUUUCCAGGGGAUAAGCCUGGUCGUUUGGAGGAACCAGGUUUACAACCGCUCAGUCCGGAUGAAGUAAGGAAGGAUCUGAAUCAGCAGUCAAAGCUUGCAGUGAGAGAGAACCGGCAAAACCGUGGAGUCUCUCAUGUUCCAUUGCUUGAUGAUAAUGCUAAGGGUGAUGGAGAGGUAGGAAAUGAGUUGAUUGAUCUAAAUGCCAGGCCACAACAGGUGCAGGGGCAAGCUUCGAUCAAUCAGGAGCAAGCCAUGGAUGUUUCGAGUGGCAAUAAUCAUGACUCUACAAGUGGGAUCCCUGGUGGAUCCUUCAAACAAGAGCCUGAAAAAUGAGCUAGAUAUAGCUGGAUCAGUUUUCUCACAUCUAUGUAUUUAUUGAGUAAAGCGCUUGCCUUUGUUAGAUAUGUCUUCCUUCCCCAUGGAUUAGUCUCUGUCUAUUCAAUUCCUUUACACAAAUGAAAACUUUUGAAGGUAACUUUUACCCAUGUACCAAAUCAACAUUCUUGCUUAACCGAAAAUAGUUGUGACAUAUAUGUUUGUUCGAAUUGCCAACUACACAUCCUUUGUGAAUGACCAUUCAUUUAAAUUUCUUGAACAUUAUUGCUGGUGAUUACAAUGACUAGUUGCCAUUAAAUUGUAAGUGGGAAAUCGAAGAGUAAUGGAGGGGAAAUUUUCACUUUUGAAAGGAAAAAUUCCCCUGCUUGUUUUUCCGGAAAAUUUCUUUUCUUUUUUGGUUCGAAUUUUGGGGCCGAAAGCAGAACAAGCAGUGGGAGACUAUGAAUCAUGUUGCUCUUACACCCCUUCUUAGUGGCAUCCAAUUUUACCUUUGUUUAACUUCCAUUAUGGCGUUUCUUCUACUUUUGCCACACUCCAAUAGCAGCUGAAUUUUUUUUGAUGGAAUCCAAUAAUAAGAUAUUCUCCAAGUAGAUCCGUCAAUGGAUUGGGUGCACUUAGGCACGUGUAAGUCUAUUUCAAUUUUUAUGCAUAAUGAUCCAUCCUCUUAAAGUUAAAAAUUCCUCGGAAAAUGGAUCGAUAAUUAAAAGAGAAUCUGUUUCUCUUAUAAUUUGAGCAAAUCAUUACAUGUCCAAUUCUUGAUUCAUUUUUGAACGGAUUUUUUUUAGUCCAACAUUUCCAAGCAGACAUCAUCGAGCAGGAUCGAGAAAUGGUAAUCCGGAAGUUAAUCAGAUCAGUUUACCCUAAUUUUUCGUUUAGUAUUUAUGAUGAUGCAUUUAUAAGUAAUCUCAUCAGCAAGAAGUUUAUUUAACAGUACAUUGCAAUCCAGAACAAAAAGUAGUCUCCAGAGCCUAUAAAACAUUCAACACAAAGGGAAAGAAACCAUAUCAUGAAAUCUCCAUCAUCUCAGCUAAAGCUUUGUUUGCAGCAGCUUAGUAGACGUAGCCCUUAACGAACAUUCCUUUCUUGGCCUCUUCUGAUUCUCCCUCGCCGGUGUAUUUCCCGAGCUGAGCGAGUGAGUUGGCUUUGGCACGGACAAGGAGCGUAUCCUGAGCAGCCUUAACGUUCUCGGGUCUGCCUC